AUGGCCGGGCUGCCCCACAAGAUCAUCAAAGAAAUGCAGCAUUUGCUGGCAGAACCAAAUGAGAACAAAGCCCAUUAUUUUCAUGUGGUCAUUGCUGGCCUCCAGAAGUCCCCCUUUGAGAGAGGGACUUUUAAAUUUGAACUAUUCCUUCCAGAAAAAUAUCCAAUGGCAGCACCUACAGUACGUUUCAUGACCAAAAUUUAUCAUCCUAAUGUAGACAAGUUGGGAAGAAUGUGUUUAGAUAUUUUGAAAGAUAAGUGGUCCCCAGCACCGCAGAUCUGCACAGUUCUGCUAUCAAUCCAGGCUUUGUUAAGUGCUCCUACUCCAGGGGAUCCAUUGGCAAAUGAUGUAGUCAAGCAGUGGAAGACUAACGAAGCCCAAGCCAUAGAGACAGCGAGAGCAUGGACUAGGCUAUAUGCCAUGAACAAUAUUUAAGUCGAUCCCAUCAUCAAGUGUACACCACUUCUCCUGUUCUGCCAAGACUUCUUCCUUUUUUUUUUUUGUUUGCAUUUAAUGGACACAGUCUUAGAAACAUUACAGAAUAAAAGCCGAGGCAUCUUCAUCUUUGUUGAUUAUAUGCACAUUAGCAAAUCUGUCUUGUCCUGAUUCACUGUUGUAACGCAUGAGCAGAGGCUAGAAGUGUCAUCCGGGUUGCUGAGAGGUACUGAGAAGCAGGACUCUCUGCUUUGACUCCUUGCCCCAUCACGGUUAAAGUAUAAGGCACUGUGAAUGAAGGUAGUUGUCAGGGUUAGCUGCCAGGGGCAUGGGUGGUUUUAUUUUACUUUUUAGGGGGAAAGCAGUUUUAUUUUAAUUUUAUGGCCUUUUCCCCUUCCCCCUCUUAAGGAUCUAAUUGCAUUGGUUAAAUGCAGCUAACCAGUUUUGUGAAUAAGCUCUCU